UUUUCUCGGGCAAUGUAGCGCUGCCUAUGUAUCCAGGUGAAUCUGGUAAAUAUGUACUGAUGCCUAGUGGUCGUUCGGUGUUAUAUAACCAACUGCUGCCGCACCGCGUGCGUGCGAACCUGGUGUGUUAUACGGCGGUUAUACCGGCUAUGUAGAUACAGAAGUAGGUGUAUAUUGUACUUUUGUUGGCGACGCCUCAGGGGCGAGCCUAAUGGUGCAGUGCUUCGUGCUGCGAGUCCGCAAGAAUUCUAGGAAUUGUACAGGAUUGUGUCUACAGCAAAGUUUGGACAGUCGGUCACAAAUGCCAGACAGAUGUAGUAAAUCCAGCCGUAAACUUUUGCACAAUUGAUCACAUCUUCUAAAUGUCAUGCACACAACAGAAAAAAAAUACAGUUACUUUAAAUAUGGUCGACUAUAAACUAGAAAAUAAUGAAUAUCAAGAUUCUACUAAUUAAACAAUUAGUCACAAUAGCCAGGAUAGGCGAACAUUCGUUGAUUGUCUUUUGUUGAAUUUCCCACCUUAUGUCACAUUGAAAAAGGGCAUGAUCUUCAUGAACGAGUAGUUGAAAUACAUUUCUUACCCACACCUUUAUCAUUAUCCAAUAGAAAACGUGCCAUCAUGAGUUACAGCCAGGGUCCUACAGACAUCCCGCUGGUGGAACAGACCUUUGGUCAGCUGCUGGACGACACGGCAGCUCGCUGGCCCGACACAGUGGCGUAUGUGUUCAAGAAGACAGGCUCAAGGGUCACCUUUGCCGACAUACAAGAUAAGGCAAGGGUUCAACACAAGUCCGAUUUCAAAACAUUGCCUCGUACACAGUUGAAGAGAAAUGGUGCAUUUUAUAAAUGGUGGGUUUUUAUACCUGUGACACGUGCAACGUAAAGGAGCACUACGAAGUCUUUUGGUCCCAAAACAUUCUUGUGAAUGGCAUAUUUUUAAACAUUUUUCAUCAUUAUUUCGUAUUACCAGUGUCUGUGAACUGUGCAAAAACAAACUCUACAAAGUCCACUGUAUUAGAAUGUCCGUCACAAAAUAAUUCUCCUGGUGUAAACAACAGCAGAUUGUACAGUGGGUAGGUCCCCUAGGGUGGGAUAAUAAGUUAGCCAUGCACCGUGCUGACCCGCUUGCUAGAUAACAACAGAAGCUCUCAUUUCUCCGACAUCAUUACCAUAUCAAUAAGAUAAUGUAAGUUCACGAAAAUAUGGUGUCGUCAAACAUAGGUAUUUUGCUGUUAGAACAAUCGCACGAAAAUGUCCUCUGACAUUCUCCAUCCCCGCCUGUCCAGGCCACCAGACUGGCAGCAGGACUGAAGGCCAUAGGGACAGAGCGCGGUGACGCAGUAGCCUGGCUCGUGGGGCAUCGCCCGGAAUGGAUCUACUUGUAUUUUGCCGUGGCGAAGCUGGGAGCCAUCGCGUUGCCGCUUCAGGCACCGCGUAUCGGGAGGAGCGUGGAGGCAAUGACGUAUUGCCUGAAAAAGGCUGGAGCUGAGGUACUUAUCAUGGGUGACGUCACCGGAGUCGAUGAGACUGACGUCACGGUCCCUUACCUGUGCAGCUUGUUUCCUGAAGUUAAAGCAGCGAAACCCGGAAAGCUGCAGAUUGAAAGGUUACCCAGGCUGACGAGUAUUGUUGUGCUUGGAGACAUCGAGACAGGAAUCAGUGCCUAUAGUUUGGACGAGGUUCAGACGAUGGGAAGCGAUGAGAAGCUAAUUGCUGAAGUGAGGGCUCUCCAAGACCAGCUGAGCUGUCACGAUACGUUCCUGCUGGUGUUCACUUCGGGAAGUACUGGCCAACCGAAGUGCGCUGAGCACAGCAUUUAUAGUGUGUACAACAGCACCCGUUUUCACGCCAAGCCGACUGAGGGUCCAACAACAGCACUCUACCCGUACCUGUCAUUCCCAACUCGCGUGCCCCUUCCCAUGUUCACUCCGGGGUUCGCGUUUGUUUUUCCUGCCAGUACAGCGCCGUCAUCUGUAGAAAUCAUGGAGACAAUUCAGGAGGAGAGAUGUCACUCGAUCGCCUUGAUGUACCGGAAGGAUUUCCAUGACCUGCUUUACGAUCAGCGCUUGGGGGAAUACGACCUUUCUUCCGUUCGGGCAGUGGGUGUUGGCGGCAACGUCGUGCGCAAGAGUCUGAUUGAUCGAGCAGCCGACGUCCUGCCGAACGCAAGAGUGACCGUUGCCUAUGGAACGACAGAGCUCCAUGACGUGACAAAAAUUCCAGCCGACAUGAUCGGAGAUGGGACAGGAGCUACAGUCGGCAAGGUGAACCCGCAUGUGGAGAUACAGCUUGUAGACAAAGACGGUCGGGUUGUACCAUUAUGCCAGGAGGGGGAGAUCUGGGUGAGAGGGUACACCUUGUUCAAACGUUACCGUGGUGACGAGGAGAAAACAUCAAAGGCGAUAACACCUGAUGGAUGGUACAAAACUGGAGAUGUCGGUGCUCUCGAUGAACACGGUGUUUUGAAGCUCUACGGCAGAGUUUCGGAUAAGAUCAUAAGGAAUGCCUACAACGUGCAUCCUGCUGUCGUUGAGGCGCCAUUAUCGAAGCAUCCCAAAGUGCAAGACGUCAGGGUUGUCAGCGUGCCUGACCCUGCAAGCGUUGAGGAGAUAUGUGCCUGUAUCAUCCUGAAAGAAGGACAGUCUGCAGACUCAGAGGAGAUGAAGAAGUUUUGUGUUGAGAUCGGGAUGGUUCCGAUUGAGCUGCCGGGCUAUUUCAUCUUCUUGGACGAGUUUCCGGUGACCACGACACUGCAGAAGGUUGACCGGAAGAAGCUGCGGCUGAUCGCCAUGGAGAAACUUGGUCUGCAGGAACCCUAG